AUUGCGUUUCCUUGUUUUUGUUUCGUCUUGUAUGGCGGAGGUCAUGAGAGCUUGGGAAAAGCGGAACAGUACUUUCCGUAAUGCCAAUGACCUUACGCCAGCCUCGUAAAGUGCGCGAGUCGUUUCUAAAACGUGUCGCCGAUCUCGCUCGCCGAUGCCACAAGUUGACAUGAGAAUCAGCUGAGGACAAGAUGGGAGUGAGCGAGGAGGACGAUGUGCCGAGCAGGAAGGGCAACCCGCCCCCUCGGCAGCACGCCAUCGUCUACCAGGCAACGGACGCCCCGGCGUGCCCACAGUGCCGUGUCCUCGACAUGCCGUUCUUCGACACGGACUGCCAGGGCUGUCUGGACAUCCUCCAGAGCGAGGACACCAGCGUGCCUGAGAUCUUUGCCAUCCUGCGACAGUGGGUUCCUCGAACCCAGAAGGACAUCAAGAUGUUGGUUGGUGAGAUCCUGAGGAGGGGCGCCAACGUGAACGACCGGGACGGCCUGACGGACAUGACGCUGCUUCACUAUGCGUGCAAGGCAGGCGCAGCAGGCGUCGGGGACCUGGCCUGUGCAACUCAGACAGUGGGGCUCCUGCUGGACCAGGGGGCAGACCCCAGCCUGCGCUGUCGCUGGACGGACAUGGCCGCCAUCCACUAUGCCGCCUACUUCGAUGUGCCCUCGGUCAUCGAACUGCUGCUCGGGGCAAGCCGCAAGUCCGACAUUGACAGCCCGUGCCACGAGUUUGACGGAGGAGCCCCGCUCCACAUUGCGGCAUCCACCCUUUGCCUCGGUGCCGCGCGCACUCUGGUGGAGUUUGGCGCCGGCCUCACUUGCACCGACGCCCUUGGGAGGGUUCCCCUAGAGUGCGUGCCAGAGCUGAGGCCGGGGGAGGCGUUCCCCAAUGAGGAGGGAGUGGCAUCCUCCCUGCGCGAGCUGCUCCACUGCUCCCUGCCGAGCUCCCACCCGUCCGAGUCGCACUCCUCCUCGGCCGACUGCCCUUCGUCCCCGGCCACCUCGGGCCGCGUCCUCCUCCACUCCCUUGGGCUCAAAAUCGGCGACAAGGUGGUCAUCAGUGGAUCCAAGGUUGGAACUCUGAGGUACUGCGGGACCAUCCACUUUGCAAGUGGCAUCUGGGCGGGGGUGGAGCUGCAGGGUCCCCUCGGAAAGAAUGACGGGUCCCUUGGCGGAGUCUCCUAUUUCCACUGUCCAAUGAACCAUGGAAUAUUUGCACCUCUCACCAAGAUCCAAAAGUAUGAUGGAGGCUCACAGGCUGAAAACGUUGCCUCAACCAAGGCUCCACGACCUGCAAAGAAUAUCUCCUACCCAAAAGUUGAUGUGUCCCAUGUUUCUUCGAAAGUGCAGACUGGUCUCGCGACCCUGAGGCAGAAGCACACGUACGACCGCAAGAAUCACGAGCUGUCCAUCGGCGACACAGUCCUGGUGGGGCAGAGAAAAGGAGUCGUUCGCUUCAUGGGUGAAACGCAGUUUGCACCAGGCUGUUGGUGUGGCAUUGAGCUGUUCAAGCCAGACGGCAAGAACAACGGGUCUGUGAAGGGCGUGAGCUACUUCACCUGCCCCCCGAACCACGGGGUGUUCGCGCUCCCUUCCAAGGUCAAAUGGUUGCCUAGCGGGGCUGAAGAAGAGACAUCGGAUCUGGAUUCGCUGGUCGACCUGAACACGUCCUUGAGCAGGAGCUCUACAGAUGGCGAUUCCGGUGGAAGCCCGGCCUCUCAGCGAUCGGCCGAGAAGAAAAAUCCCAGGUCGCAGCAUGCGAAAACAAUUCAGACGACCCUCAAGAAAGGCUGUUGGCUCACAGUGGGGAUGAAUGUGUUUGUCUCCAAUGAGCUUGGCGUCAUCAGGUACAUUGGGCCAGUACACUUUGAGGAGGGCACCUGGCUCGGCGUUGAGUUGAGGAGCGCCAACGGCCGCAACGACGGGAGCGUGCAAGGGCGCCGCUACUUCACGUGCAAGCCAAACCACGGCCUCAUCGUCAGGCCCAGCAAGGUCACCGUGCGAGGGAUCAACAGUGCCAAGCUCUUUGAGGAGCAGCCGCAUUCCUGAGUCGCCUCGCUUGUCUGCGCUGACGCCUCAUGCAGGGUGAAACGCCUUGUGUAGGGUGCGACACCUUACGUAGGGUGCCACACCUUGCGUAGGGUGCAACACCUUGUGCGGGGCGCGAGCGUGGUUUAUCUAUGUUUAUUCUGUUAUGGUGAGAUGUGGUAUACCGGUAUUUAUUGCUCUUUCUUUUGUAUGGACGGGACUCUAGUGCGUAAGGUAGGGAAAACAAAUUCUUUGUGUUCGGCGGCAACUAUUUUAUGCCACGUUGUCAAGGUUAAUGUAGCUUCCACAGUGCUGCAGCCCCUCGCUGCUGCGAGAGCAUGUGUAUGCGACUUUCUUUAGCAUUUGCACGUGCUAGUGAAAGUAGCUUUGACAGCGUCUGAGUACUGUGAAAGUUAUGCUAGGACAAUGUAGCGUAAAUAGUUGUCACAGAGUAUAAUGCAGGAAGCAGUGGUGUACGAAGUCGAGCAGCAUUUCCUUGGUCGCUCGAGCCCUUCUGAUUAUGUUCCGAUGCGUUCGACGUGGCCACUGCUGAUGUUUGCCAUAAUAUCAAAUCUUGCGAAGAAGUAGUAACCUGAGGAAUACCAGAAAUUAAUCUACCUAAUUAAAUUUCAAACGAUUGAUUAGGUAUUAGUUCUGCUUGAAAGUACAAACAAAAAAAGUAUGCAAGACAAAGGCAGACACCCACUUCCUUUUAAACUUAAUAUUUUAGUUGUCUAUGUUUUUUUUUCCCGUUAAUCGUCUUGACCAUUACUUUUAAGCCUACCUUUUAAAAAAGUAUUUUUUAGUACUACGAGCGGAAAACUGGAAGCCCUAGGUUUAGCUUGGCAGGCUGGUUUUGAUCGGACUUGUUGAUUGCUCUCAGAACGUUGUGCCCCGACCCGUUGGUUACCGCUGAAGGUUUAAUGGUUCUGUAGGGGCUGCCUGCAUUUUACUGUUACAGAGUAUCCAUGAGUGCCGUAUAUUUCGAUGCCAUCCAAUCUCAUUAGUUACCUCGGUUGACUCUAGGGCCAUGUGCAUUGCGGUGAACCAUUUGUACGCAGAUGUUGGAUGUGAAACUUUAUUUUUCUGUGGCCUGAAGAGUUCGCAAUUGCCACUCGCCGGUGGGUCAUUUUCACCGUCAUCUUUUUCUUUAUUUUCUAAGCAAUGAAUCUCAAGGCGAUUCAGUACACACCAAGGUAUUGUCUUGGCAUCACGUAUGGUGCUAUUUUGCGUUAGUGUGCAGAAGCUUAGAGAUAGACUGAAUUGAAUUUUAGGCUUUAUUCUUGCAGUUGAAACAUGUAGCAGGGUUGUCGAAGGCAACUUCUAAUUCAAACAGAUGAUUUCGCAUGGAGUGAAAAAGCUUAUAGUAGCUUCUCACGGCACUGGUUGUUAGUCGUAUAUAUAUAUCCAUUUGUUGCCGCUGGGACCGCUUGUCUGUGCCAAGGCUGACAGAUAUGUCAUAUUUCAUGCUCUAGUUUUCACGAGGUGUUCUUUUUAUUCCAGAAAGUUAUAGAAGAAAAGGUCAAAAAACAGUUUUUAGGAAUAUUGCAGAGAUCUUUUUGGUGUCCCUUUAGGUAUGAUGGGCAUACCUACCUGAAUAUUUAAGAAUAAUAGUACCCAUUGUGCAGCGUCAUGAAGGGUAUAGCAACCAGAUGCAAUUUCAUAUUUGUCUCUCGUUGCUGCCUACUGCUGCACUUCAGCAUAAAAGUCAACCAGUUACCUCAUGUAAAUGUGCAAUGCUGUCAAACUCGAGGGAUAAAAGAAAAUUGGUGAUACAACAUGUAGGUAUGCAUGCAGUCGUGAGAAUUAUGGUUGCAUUGACUGCUGCCUCUUGAAUUAAACCGAUCGCUUGUCAGUACACACAUAACCUCCUUUAUGAUGUUUCUCCGAGGAAUAUGGAGCAUUCACAUUUUCCUUUGUGGAAAUUUUCUUCAAUCUUGUUUAUAAAUAAGGUUUUGUGUUUUCGGUACAUACCAUGAACCCUGAAAAUUAACCCCCGAGUCGGUUCAUCUAAGUAAAAGAAAACCAGAAUAAAGAAUUAGUGGUGUUGUCCUUGAACAGAAAAAAAAAAUCUAUGCUGCAUGGAAAGAAAUUUUUAAGUUACAGCUUUUUUUCAUGGUGACCCAGAACAGCCCGUGCUGAAAUGUCUGUGAAGCUGCUUCUUUUGUUUGGGAACCAUGCCCCUUAUCUUGUUUCCUUCCCUUGUUGGUAGUACUGGGACGGUCUUCAAUGAACCCUUUUAGAAAUUUCGAAAUGAUGCAUAGAUUAUGUGAGCUUGUCAUUAGUUGGCCGCGUAGUGUGAGCAUGCAUUGGACACGAGCACUCCGUCAGUGUUCGGAGUAUACUUGGAUCAAAACGCAUUCUACAUGAGGGCUGCAUCAGUGCUCGGCACAAACUCAAAACCAAUCACAGGCAUCGUUGGUCUCGUCUCUUCUGGUUCACACCUGAAGAGACGAGACCAACUAAUGGCGGCUGCGCAUAACCUAUUCAUCAUUUCACAAUUUUGGAAAGGGUCUAUUGGUAUUUGGGUCACAGGGAUGUGCCCGGGAGGUCAGGGAGUACAACACCCAUGUCCUGUUUUCUUUAGCAUAAGCCCCUAUAAACACUGAUUUUUUGGCCUGUAGAAUAGAUGGUGCCAAAAAGAACCCGAUUUGUGGGAAAAAACAAACGGCGCAAUAUCACCCUCGAAUUUGAAGAAAAAUAAACCCCGAAAACAUGGGAUUCUAUUUAUAAAGCGAGCUCAACUCUCCAGGAUCUCUGUAAACUGUCGAUGAACUGUCUGUCAGAAGUGUCAGUGACCGACAUACAGAGUAGUAAUGCCACCAUUACUACUACCAAUGAUUGUGGGAUGCCUCAGCAGAGCGCUACAAUGCUAGAAUAGCUAUGCUUACUUAGUAUUUGGCAUAAAUAACACAUUUGGUGGGUAAUGAUUGACUCCCUGACUUUAUGCUGUUUACCAGAACAAAUGACCCAACCUCUUGAAAACUAAACUUCGAUGUUCCUACAUGGCUAGCUCUUCUCAAACGUGUAUUGUUAGGAUGUCAGUUGAUUGGGGUUUGAAUGCUGUUUGAGUGCAGUUGCCUUGGCACUGUUGUUGGGUUUGCUGAGGUUAUUAAGGGGAGUGGAAGAUGUUGUGGAGGCUUGACAAAUGUCAAGUCACUUUUCUUUGUGCGUAUCUACACUAUGGGAUUAACCUUGUGCUCUUAAGAUUUUGUGGCAUGAAUGAUUUAGAAAUAGCGUUUGGUGUAUGCCUCAGAUAAUACUAAUUGGUUUUGCUGCUGACCACUGCAGAAAGAGCCUUGGUUAUGGCGAUGAUAGUGUAUAAUGCCCCUUUGGAUUGGGGGAUACCGGUGUGUAAAGUCUUGAAGGCCGAUCUGCAAUUCGGAAAGGAAGGAAGGUCACUUUCUCAUUUCUCCAAUAAUUGAUGACAAGUAAGCCACAUUUUAAAGACUCCCCAGUGAGUCCUGGCUAUGUUGAUUCUAUACCCAUCGUGAAACGUGAGGUCCCCCAUAGUUCGUACAAGGAGUUUGUGUCUUUCUGUUUGUGAACGAGAAAAGGGAAAGGGAAAUAUUUCUGCCUUUCUGAAGAGGCUUUUACAAAGUCCAGGUUUAACGACAACGUGGGAUUUUGUUCAACCUGGUACCUUUGACCGACUUGGACAGACGUGCAAUCCUUGAAUGAGCUGUUGUUUGUGGAACGGGGAGAAUGUAUGGAAUGUGUGAAUGCAGAAAUGGCCAACUUGGCGGAUAUUUUUUGGUAUUUGUGUCUCAUUUGCAUACAACGUAUUGCACCUUUUGCGCACAACCUUUAAACUAUUUGUUUCUUGGCACAUUUUUUGGCAGGUUUCCAACGAAUUGGGUUUUUUCUAUUCCUACAUAUCUUAAUUUUGGGGGAGGGGGAGUGUAUUCAUCACAUUAAAUGCAUUUUACCUCUUUUGAGAACGGAAAAAAGGUAUUUGGAGAGUACAACUUUUUAUAUUCAGACAUGGUAUUGUUGUGUUUUUUGCAUUGUCAUUCAUGUCUAAUUUAUUAUGACCAUUUUUUUUCUCCCUAAACUGUCUUAUGUUUGACAUUACGACGUGCUUUCUCAAGCUUUUUUGGCCGCGAGAAAGAUUUCUCAAGUGUCAUGGGUGGGUGACGUGCACAGAGACGCACACAUUUGCUUGGUUGUAUUUUUUAGUGAUGAGCAUUUACACUGCAUUUAAAUGUGUUGACCAAAGUAAUCUUACACGCUCCACAUUUACAUAUAGGCAGUUCUUGUGUGAGUGCAUUUCUUUAAUGCUCACUUGUAUUUUGUACAUUAUCUUCGGAAUUCUGGCAACAGUUUUUUUAUGAACAGUUGAUUCGUCUCUCACGCAUCGGGUCGAAAAGAGUGCUCAUAAAGUUGUCGAAACCCUUGUGACGACUUUAUAAUGAUGUGCAGUCGCCCUUACAAUGCUGGUUUGAUCUGGAAUUCAAGAGCCACAGUGGUUUUGCAAUUUGUUUUGUGUCAUAAGAUGCAUUUAGAGAUUGUAGCAAAUGCUUACGACCAUACAUGAUAAUGACAAGAAAUAAAUAAUUACAUUGGA